AUGGACGCCGAAGCCAGCCCCGUGGCUGUCUGGCAGAAGUGCGGUGGCAACGGCCACAACGGUGAAACCACGUGCACGGCGGGCAACAGCUGCGUGAAGAUCAACGACUGGUACUCGCAGUGCCAGCCCAACGCGACGCCGGCCAACAAGCUCAACACGUGGUCGCAGUGCGCUGGCUCGGCCAACAACUUCCAGGCCGGCGGCAAGUCGUGCCGUGACGAAGAUGCCUGCGUCAAGUACUCGGAUGCGUACUCGCAGUGCGUCCCCAAGACGCAGCAGAAGGAUGCCGCCGCCGAGAUGGCCUGCACCAACGUGAGUGUCGAGGGCGAUGCCACGUACUGCGUUGAAGGCGCCGUCUGCGGCGGUGCGGGCGACAAGUGCCCCAAGAAGGGCGACCUACGUCGAUGGUGCCAAGUGCGUCGCGCCCUCGGAUGCCACGUGCCAGACGAUCAAGACGGGUGCCAAGGGCUGUGUCUUUGGCACGUCGGCGCCGGCUGGCCCCACGCAGGCUCCGGCCACGCAGGCCCCGGCCGGCCCCACCCAGGCGCCCGCUGGCCCCACGCAGGCACCCACGAGCGGCCAGUGCGCUGA